AUGAAUUUCGAAACUCAACCACCUGUUCAACUACCUGAUGAAGAGUUACCCGAGCUGAAAUUGACUGCCUAUGUGUCUGCUGUCACCUAUAAUACUGAUAAUCUUCCUGUAUUCUCUAAGUUCAGCUCAUUUCGAAAACUGCAGAGGAUGAUCGCAUAUGUCCUGCGUUUUAUCUCUAAUUGCAGAAUCAAGAACCCUGAGCUACGUAAACUGAAACGCCACCUGACGGUACCCGAAUUACGCGAAUCGUUGAUUGUGAUCGUCAAGGUGAUUCAACAUGAACGUUUGGCUGACGAGAUAAACCGCAUAGAGAAUAAGCAGCCAUGCAAGAGACUUGCAUUACUGCAUCCUGUGUACCAGGACGGACUGCUAAGAGUAGGUGGAAGGCUGGACAAUUCACCUACCAACCAUGGCCAAACAUCCGUAUAUUUGCCAAGUCAUCCGAUUGCCGACCUUCUGAUACGAGCAUACCAUCAGGAGAACCUGCAUGUUGGGCCAUCUAGUUUACUAGUGAUUCUUCGAGGACGGUUCUGGCCGAUAAAUGGCAAAUCAGCUGUGAGGAAAAUUACCAGGACCUGUGUUACUUACUUUCGUGUGAACCCAGUGAAGAAAAGUCAGCAAAUGGGAAAUUUGCCGUCAUUCCGCGUGACACCCGCUCAUACUUUCGAAGUGACUGGUGUGGAUUACGCGGGUCCUGUUUAUGUGAAGCAAGGCCAACGAAGACCGGUUGUAGGGAAGGCAUACAUUGCUGUAUUUGUGUGUAUGGUUACCCGAGCUGUGCACUUGGAAUUAGUGUCAGACAUGACCACCUCCGCGUUCAUUGGCGCAUUGCAACGGUUUACGAGUCGUAGGAGUGUACCACGAGAAAUACACUUUGAUAAUGGGUCAAAUUUUCGAGGCGCCAAGGCGGAACUGAAUGAGCUGUUUAAACUGUUCCGGUCUCAAACUGCGGUUGAUCAAAUAGAAGGUUUUUGCCAGCCAAAGGAUAUCGCCUGGUACUUUAUUCCACCUGAGGCACCACAGUUUGGCGGUCUGUGGGAGGCGGCCGUUAAAAGCGCAAAAUAUCACUUGGAACGCACGCUGAAGGAUGCUCGCUUGACAUUUGAGGAAUAUGCGGCAGUCAUAACACAGAUUGAGGCUAUUUUAAACUCUCGACCGCUCUACUCUACCUCACCGAUCCUGGUGAUCCCAUGGUGCUCUCCCCUGGCCAUUUUUGAUCGGUUGUCCAAUAACGGCGAUCCCUGA